AAGCGACGUACUAUCUUCACUUUACCACUAGCUCUCACCGGCCUGAGAAAAAAAAAUAGCGAGUGGUUUUGCUUUAAAAGGUGAGCGGUUCAAUCUCGAAGUCAUCAUUCGACAUCAGCACAUUCAAUGAAGAUCAUUGUUCAAACCGCUCUUUUGAGCCUGGGGGCUUUGGUGGUGCUCGGGUCUCCGGUUGCCCAACAGCAAGCCGGAGAACCGAGCUACGACUACAGUAACACCAAUCAAGAUUACUAUAACAAUGACGAAGCCGCAUUCGGACAACGCGACGAGCAAUACCCUGAAGACGAUGUCCAAGUCCAAGAGGUCCCCGUUGACGAACAGCAACAACUCGAUUCCAUUUACCAAAACGAGGACCAAUAUCAAAACGAAGCUCAAGGCGAAGGUCAAAAUGAGCAGGAAGAUGCCUUAUACUACCCCAGUGAUGCCCCAGAGUGUUGCAGCCAUGUGACCAUUCAGGGCACCAACAACCAAGACGUGUUCUACCAAUAUCUCAUGGGAGACUACUUCCCUUACACUGGUGAGGAUUUCGACUCCUACCACUCUGUGGACGGUCAGACUUAUCCCGUGUACAUGCACGUCCUCACCGAGGAUCGCAGUGAGCUGGACCUCGAACCUCGGCAAUCGUACCUCUAUUUCUACAAGAACUCCAACCCUGAUAUCGAGGAGACCGAGUGCCCCGAGGGUUGCUGGAUGAUUGGUAUGCACGAUCCCACCCCCGGAAACUACUGGUACGGCAAGAAGUAUUGGUAUGUGAAUGGCUUCAAAGAUAACUGUCCCGAGAAGAUGACCCAAGAGGACCGCAAGCUCAUCGACCAAGACGCCAAAGAAGACACCGUAGCCGUGGAGUGUGCCGCUAAAUAGAUAUAUUAUACAUCCUGAAAAUAAAUCUUUAUAAAUUGAAA